AUGUCGUCACUCUGGAUCAUCAACAAGGCCGGAGGCCUCAUCUACCAAUCCGAGCACUUUGUCCAUCCCAAUGCCGCUUCUAUGCCCAACAACGGCCGCCUUUCCUCCAAUGAGUACCUCGUUCUCGCAGGAACGCUCCACGGUAUUCACGCGAUCACAGCCAAGCUCAAUCCGGUCCCAAAUCGAAAGUGCAGCGGCAUCGAAAGCUUGGAUUCGGAUCACUUUACCAUUCGCGUCAUGGUCACCCCCACGGGCACGAAGUUCGUCCUGGUGACAUCACCAGCGCACCCGAACCCAGCAGGCGUGUUGCACCGUUGCUACGAGGCAUACGCGGAUCAUGUGAUGAAGAACCCAUUCUACACGCCAGAGAUGCCGGUGAGGAUAGAGACCUUUGACAAGGCUGUAGAAGCGCUUGUCAAGGCGUGA